AUGGCCGGGAGCUUCAACGUCCCCCACAGGACCUCGCUGCCCGAGGGCAUCCGAGUGGGCACCGUGUUGAGAAUUCGUGGUUUAGUCCCCGACAAGGCUGGCAGGUUCUAUGUGAACCUGCUGUGCAGUGAGGAACCGGGCAGUGAUGCUGCCCUGCAUUUCAACCCCCGCCUCGACGAGUCCACGGUGGUCUUCAACUCCCUGGAGCGCGGCACCUGGGGCGCAGAGGAGCGGGGCUCAGGCAUUCCCUUCCAGCGCGGGCAGCCCUUCGACGUGCUCCUCAUCGCCACUGAAGACGGCUUCAAGGCGGUGAUCGCAGACUCUGAAUACCACCACUUCCGGUACCGGAUUCCGCCUGGGCGCGUGCGCGCGUUGGAGGUGGGCGGGGACCUGCAGCUGGAGUUGGUGAAGAUCUUCUGA